CAGCCUUUUCACAAGGCCUCUCAUUCUAUUGAGACUGGCUAAACAAACUGCUGCCCUCACACCAGGCAAUCCAAUCCGACACUUGCUCAUCGCAAUCUUUUGCACGAGCGUGUCGUCCUUCACGCUUCUGACGCGUUAAACUUCUCUCCCAUCCCACCUUUUAGUCUCCAGGUGACAACAAUGCGGUCCAUUCUACAGCCUCUGGCUGGACGCACCGUGUUUGCACCAAUUGAAACAAUCGUCUUCUUCGCCGUCGUCGGAACUCUCGCAUACUUCCAGGUCCUUUCAGCAAUUAAACAUUCGUCAUUCUUCUCCCCAUCCGUUCCUUCAACACUCCGUCCAGCCCAUGCAUUAUUGCGUGACGGCGAGUGGGUUGGCGUCGAUGAAGACUGGUAUUUGAAACGCGUCAAAACUGCUGAUUCGCGUCCUUUGGAAUUACAACAAUUAAUAUUUUCAUUAGAUCCAGCUCAGUCUUCAGCCACAGUCACUGCGGACUCUGCACCUGUCGACCUCGUAUCCUUAUCACAAUCUAUUGAUAAUAUCACGCACCAUAUAGUUCACGAGCUCUCUACUCCAUCAGGCGAGACAUACACGUCGCUAUGCUAUUAUCCAGUGACUGCUGAAUCAUCGCCACCCGCCUCAUGUUUUACCACCGCAUCCCUCCAGACCUCGCGGUCGAAGACGGUCACGCUGUCAUUCGAUGCUGGCACUAGCGAUAUAUUCAUAGACGCGCUGAGCCACCAACCCAGCUUCUCCGCUGAUGAAUUUGGUGUCAAAUACCAAAUAGAGACCCACGUCACGGAGACCAUCGGAGAAAUGAAAGGUGGUAAAUGGAUGGCAUAUGCUGCACGAGCCAUGAUCGUGCGAUUUUGGGAGCUUACCAAGAAAGCGGAUUCACUGGACAUAUUGCUCGUUCUUGUUGGUUAUAUCCUCAUGCACGCGUCAUUCAUUCGCCUGUUCUUCUCAGCUCGUGCACUUGGUUCCAACUUGAAGCUCAGCCUUGCAAUUUUGUCAUCGUCUAUUCUUGCAUUCAUGCUCGCUCUCCCCAUCUCGCAUUACUUUGAGAUUCCUUUGGAUCCCAUUAGUCUCACCGAAGCUCUGCCUUUCUUCGUGUGCACCGUUGGCUUCGACAAGCCCCUCCGUCUUGCGGCUGCCGUAUUUAACCACCCUCAUCUGUUGUCUCCCGUUAAGGAGGGCAGGUGGCGUGGCCAGAUGAAACCCGCUGGCGAGGUAGUCAUGGAAGCUAUCGAAAACAGUGGUAAUGCCAUCUUGCGGGAUUACGCGCUCGAGAUCGCCGUCCUCUCCAUGGGAGCAAAAAGCAAAGUCGGUGGCCUGAAGGAGUUCUGUGCGCUUGCGGCACUCACCCUCACGUUGGAUUGUGUUUUAUUCGGUACCUUUUAUGCCGCGAUGUUGGCAAUUAUGGUUGAGGUUCGGAGGAUUAAAGCUGCUCGUGACAUGACAAGAUCCCGGAGCUCAAACAAUCUGAGUGAACGCAAACCACCAAGUGCCCUCGUACGCUCAUCUCCCCAAGUCCAGGACGCCAGCCUUAGCCGGCAGCUAUCCGAAACCCUAUUGGGUGUCAAGGGUUCUAUGCUUAGACAGAAAAACAGCCCACCGCCGGAAGUUAAGGAAGAGAAUCCCCUUGCACGUCUGAAGCUGCUUCUCAUCGCAUCUUUCCUGACUUUGCACAUUCUCAACUUCGCAACCACGCUCACUCCCGCGACCAUUUCGAGAUACCAAACUCAGACCCUGACUGACUCUGUCAGGGCUGACUUCUCGGUGUCACACAGAGUCGAUAUAACUUCUCCUGCCAUUGCUAGUGUGCUCGCCAACCUUGCCGCUGUCGACGUGACUCUUCGGGUAGAAGCAGAAGCUAACGUGUCCACACCUACCGAUCUUCUUGUCAAGAUUGCCCCACCCCUGUACAUCCGCGUCACGCCACCAGGUCCAGUUCGUCCCCGCGCACUAUUCAGAUCUACCGAGGUGAUCGAGAACUUCAUGACUGGUUGGACAACACUCGUCGGCGACCCCAUUCUAUCAAAAUGGAUCGUCCUUGUCCUCGCUGUCAGUGUCGCACUCAACGGUUAUCUUCUCAAGGGCAUUGCUGAGGGUGCCAUGCGUGGCCUGCAGCCCAACAAUGUGCGCUUCAGGUCGGUCGUUGCCGAGAAACGCGAGAAAGAUGAUGAGGAGAUUGUGACUCCGGGAGUUAGGGCUGCUGGUGGACGCAGACGGUCUUCCUUCGUUGUUGGUGAUUCAAAACCGUCCUCACCGAGUUCUUCAGAUUCCGAGAAGCCCAUUGUCCGUCCCCUUGCUGUCCGCCCUAUGCGUGUCCUUGCACCCAUUGCAAUUCCCGCUACCAGUGGUGUGUCUGCACAUAUGCUUGACAUGAAGCUACGAGCACAAGCUGCACCUGCACCAAGGGAGGACCAGCCGCUUCAGUUCCCUAUCCGGUCGUUGGAGCAGUGCAUCGAGGUGUUUGAGAAUGGGCCUCGUCCUGUGUCGGCUGCUCUUGCGACGCUCAAUGAUGAGGAGGUUGUCAUGCUUGCACAGAACGGCAAGAUUGCGGCAUAUGCCUUGGAGAAGGUGCUUGGUGAUCUAGAGCGGGCUGUGACCAUCCGUCGUGCAUUGAUCUCUCGUGCAACUGACACCAAAUCGCUCGAGUAUUCGGAUGUCCCCAUGCACAACUACGAUUACUCUCGUGUCCUUGGAGCGUGCUGUGAGAACGUUGUCGGUUACAUCCCUAUUCCUCUUGGUAUCGCCGGCCCACUCAACAUCGAUGGCGAGCUCGUCCACAUUCCCAUGGCUACUGCUGAGGGCACACUUGUAGCGUCUACUUCGCGUGGAUGCAAGGCCCUGAAUGCAGGUGGAGGUGUUACAACCGUCCUCACCAACGACGCCAUGACGCGAGGACCUGCAAUCGACUUCCCUUCCAUCAUCAUGGCUGCAGAAGCUAAAGCAUGGAUUGACUCGGAAGAAGGCUUUGAGAUCAUCCGUGAGGCAUUCGAGUCGACGUCGCGUUUCGCGAAGCUUCAGCGCCUCAAGACUGCCAUGGCUGGCCGUACAUUGUUCGUUCGGUUUGCAACACGGACUGGUGACGCUAUGGGCAUGAACAUGAUUUCCAAGGGUACGGAGAAGGCGCUCGAAGUCGUGCAGAAGCAUUUCCCAGAGAUGAUUACACUUGCUUUGUCGGGCAACUACUGCACAGACAAGAAACCUGCUGCCAUCAAUUGGAUUGAGGGACGUGGGAAGAGUGUGGUAGCUGAGGCUGUUAUCCCUGGCAAGGUUGUCAAGAGCGUGUUGAAAACUACGGUUGAGGCGCUCUGCAAUCUCAACACGAAGAAGAACCUGGUCGGCAGUGCUAUGGCGGGCUCGAUUGGUGGCUUCAAUGCCCAUGCUGCAAAUAUCCUGACUGCGAUUUUCUUGGCCACUGGUCAGGACCCUGCGCAGAACGUGGAGAGCUCGAAUUGUAUGACCCUCAUGGAGCCAACGAACGAUGGUGAAGAUCUCCUUAUGACUAUAUCCAUGCCCUCGAUCGAGGUUGGCACUGUUGGUGGAGGUACUGUUCUUGGUCCCCAGGGCUCCGUCCUGGAGAUGCUCGGGAUUAAGGGCGCACAUUCCAUCACUCCCGGCCACAACGCGCAGCGCCUUGCUUGUAUUAUUGCUGCUUCCGUCAUGGCUGGUGAACUCUCUCUCCUCAGUGCUCUUGCUGCCGGUCACCUCGUCCGUGCGCAUCUCGUCCACAACCGCUCCCAAGCCAACACCCCAACGUCGUCACGGCCUGUUACCCCUGGACUCAUUGCCAGCGACAUCGUUUGGGAGCAAAAGACUGCCGAGAAAAGUCUCGGACCACGACCUGAUCCUGUCCUCGCACAUUCAUUAUCGACAACAUCAUUACCCCCGUACACAGCAAACCCGGAGACCGAAACUGAGAUCAAGCCAUCUCAGUAGUAGCAGGACAGUGUUAGCUGGCCGUGCCUCCACUAUACUCACUGUGAUUUCGAGACCUAACGUUUAGCAUUCUUUCGUCUAGACUGUCUUAUACUCAUCUAUAUAUACAUCAAUAUCUUUUCCAAUUGCUUUUGCUCAGCAUUUAGACGGAAAAUAGCUAGUGUCUCUGCCCUUGUAUAUUUGUAGCUAGUUUGGCUUACUCUACGUAGCAAGCUUGUUGACCGCCUCUAUGUUGUGCGCUCAAUGCAUACCUCACGAUCGACU